ACAUCACUCAAAGUGGCUGUGCCACUAUACUCACUAGUACAACAUGAAGUACUUGCUUCUACGUGUAUAACAGUCUUGGGGUGGUGCAUCUACAUGUAUAACUGUCUUGGAGCAAUCAGCAAGUUCAGCGAGAGCAGACCACACAGGCGAGCUCUUUUCCAUUGUUGCGAUACAGAGGGCAGUAGUCUCCAGUGCAGACUGCUUCCACGUGGUAGAAAAGAGCAUCAUCAGAACUCUGCUCACUGCUGGUGCCUGGAACAGUCUCAGGGUCCCUGUCCACACACUGGUACGUCGAGCGAUGGUUGUUGGAGUGUGAGGUCAUGAGGUAGCCAUUGUACUCCAUAGUCCAGUUAGUUGGGCAGUUGACAUUGGCUGGGAUCAUGACCACUGUGACUCGUGUGGUGGUGUAGCACAGAGCACACGGAACGUUGUGGUUUUCAACACUGGACAGUGAGCUAUUGUCUCCGGCUCGAUACUCCACUCCAUGUAGGGGAACUCCCUGGUUCCCACUGGUGAACUGAAGGUACUCGGGAGCGUUUGGCAUGCAGAGAUGGUCAGCCCCUCCAUCUGUCCCUCCAGCUCUCCCAGAAUACACUAGUUGAUUUCCCUGGUCACUGGGACACACAGUCCUCCCCCAGCGAACGUAGACAGUUCCUCCUGUGCCUGAGAAAACUGGUGCUCCUUGUGAUCCAGGGGCUGGUGCUCCUUCACAUUCACAAGUUCCAUGAUCUCCCUUCUCUCCAUUCUCUCCUGGUAUUCCUGGUUU